UCUUCAUUUGCUCGUGCUGUCAAAGUGAAAGAGAGCCGACAAGUUGACACGUUUUUAUAUACGAUCUAUUGUUUAGACAGAAAAAUAAUGUGUCGUUAGUUAAUGCUCUUACCAGACGACCACAACCGACAGUUAACGGCUGGCGUUUUCUGUCUGUCUGCACGAAAUGGCGGAAGUGAGCCAACCCGUUAGUGUUGUCCCGGAAGAUGAAGGGAGAGAAAAGUUCAAGAAAAGUGAGCAUGUUGCUUUUUACAGGCGACAGAUCCAGGGCCCGAACUUGCAGCACAGAGCCCUUUUGGACACCAUGGUGCUCACAGAGAAGGGGGCACGUUUAGAACUGUUGGAGCCUGACUCACAGACCAAACUGCUUCUUUCUUUGUCACUUUGCAAAAAUGACACUGUGAGGAUAUUAAUAGAUGAACUCGAGCCUGUUAAAGCGCGCUACCGAGUUCCAGAUGUGAUAACGGGGGAACUGCAGUGCCAACAGUUGAGAGUUGAGAGACAGUCCAAGGACUCUGUCACCCUUUCUUGGUCUUCAGGAUGUCACAAGAUUUGUGUGUGGCGUUUCCCUUUCCGACUUGAGAUCCUGUGCGAAGACGACGUGAUGGUUACGUUCAACACUAAAGGCAAACUGUGGUUUGAGACACUGCAGGAUCCACCCAGGGCAACAUCUCAUGUAAGUAGGCUUCAAGAGGACCACUCAAGUUCUUUAUGGAAAGAGACUUUCAGGCAGUUUGUGGAUGUCAAAGCUAAUGGUCCCAGUAGCAUUGGGUCAGACCUCUGUCUCCAUGGGUUCAGUCAUGUGUACGGUCUACCAGAGCACGCUGACAGCCUCCAGCUCAGGGACACCAGAGAUGGUGAACCCUAUCGGCUGUAUAACUUGGAUGUCUUUGCGUAUGCCUUGUACAGCCGCCUCGGCCUGUAUGGGUCUGUGCCGCUGUUGGUCGCCCACAAGCCCGACAGGACUUUGGGUGUAUUUUGGCUAAAUGCAUCUGAAACCUUUGUGAACGUUCAUUACAGCCAAUCUCAGCAUCAGGAUGACCAGACACCCCCAGUGAAGCGGAGGCGGAUGCAGCCUCAGACUGAUGUCCACUGGCUGUCAGAAAGUGGUGUCAUUGACUGUGCGGUUCUGCUCGGGCCUAGUCCACAGCAGCUCUUCUCCCAGUACGCUCAACUAACAGGAUAUCAAGCCCUACCCCCUUUGUUUGCACUCGGGUACCACCAGUGCCGCUGGAACUACAACGAUGAAGCUGACGUGAAGGCCGUAGAUGCUGGAUUUGAUCGACACGACAUCCCAUACGAUGUAAUCUGGCUGGAUAUUGAGCACACGGAUGGGAAGCGUUACUUUACCUGGGACUCUGCUUUUUUCCCCGAACCAGCCAGCCUGCAGCGCCACCUAGAGAAGAAGAAGAGGAAGUUGGUUGUAAUAAGUGAUCCCCACAUCAAGAUUGAUCCUGAUUGGUCCCUGUACUGUGAGGCCAGAGACGGAGGGCAUUUUGUCAAAAACAGAGAGGGGCAGAUCUAUCAGGGCUCAUGCUGGCCUGGUAAAUCCUCUUACCUUGAUUUCAGCAGUCCCGACACUCGAGCGUGGUACUCCAGAUGUUUCAGCUUGGAUAAGUACAAGGGGUCAACUCCAUCGUUAUUUGUGUGGAAUGACAUGAAUGAACCGUCUGUGUUCGACGGGCCAGAGCAGACAAUGCCGAAGGACACAGUGCAUUAUGGGGGUUGGGAGCACCGGGAAUUACACAACCUGUAUGGCUUCUACCAGCACAUGGCCACAGUGGAGGGUCUGAUAACUCGUUCAGGCGGCUCAGAGAGACCUUUUGUCCUUUCACGUUCCUUCUUUGCUGGGUCACAGAGACUUGGAGCGGUAUGGACAGGUGACAACGUUGCCAGUUGGGAGUAUCUGAAGAUCUCGAUUCCAAUGCUUUUGUCUCUAAGCGUGGCAGGCAUAGCAUUUUGUGGAGCCGAUGUCGGUGGGUUUGUUGAGGACCCGGAGCCGGAGUUGCUGGUGCGCUGGUACCAGGCAGCCGCCUUGCAGCCGUUUUUCCGUGGUCACUCUGCAAACACAACAAAACGUCGGGAGCCCUGGCUGUUUGGAAAUGAAGUCACCGCUACAAUCCGCACUGUGAUCCAACAGAGGUACUGUUUACUGCCCUACUGGUACACCCUGUUCCACAAGGCUCACGUUUCUGGUCUGCCUCCACUCAGACCUCUGUGGGUGGAGUUCCAGAGAGAACAGAGCACCUUCACCGUGGACAACCAGUAUAUGAUUGGCGGAGCAUUGUUGGCCUGUCCUGUGACGGAAGCGGGUGUUGAAGAAGUCAAAGUCUUACUUCCUGGAUCUGGUGAGGUUUGGUAUGAUGUCCAGUCUGCAAAGGUGUAUAAAGGAGGCAGGACUCUGAGUCUUCCUGUCACCCUGGAUACAGUUCCUGUGUUCCAGCGUGGCGGCUCGGUGGUCUGCAGGUCAGCAGGAUGUGGCUCCUGUACAGCCAAACUUCAGCAGCUCCCCCUCUCUAUCACUGUGGCCCUGAACUCUCAGGGCGUCGCUGAUGGUGAGUUGUACCUGGACGAUGGCCAUUCCUUCAGCUACCGUGACAGAAAGGCCUUCUGCCUGCGCAGGUUCAACAUGCUGUCGGGCCAUCUGCUCUGCCGUCCUGCCAAUGAAGAAGGAACAUUUGACUGUGAUACUGUCGUACAGUCAGUCACCAUCCUGGGGGUGAAGAGCAAACCGUCCACAGUGGUUGUACAUGUCCCAGGUGCUAAAGACUCCUUUGCUGCAUUUCACUACAUGGAGACCUGCUGUAUGCUGACAGUGAGCAACCUGAACCUCAGAGUGGCGAUGGACUGGGAGAUACAGAUAGGUUCGAGUUUGCGGACUGAAUCUGGAUCUCAAAAAUACCAAGAGAACAAAAGAAACAUUUUAAUCUGUCAAUGAUGAUCUUAUUUGUUCUUGAAUUAUCAAUAUAACUGAUUGAUUAUAAAUAAUAAUUAAUGAGGAAUUACAUGUGGUUUAAAGUUGUGAAGUGAAAGUUUACUGAAUAAAGGGUGAACUCAU